UUCAAUGUCGGGGGCGGAGCAGACGAGGGAGCCCUCCGAGGAUUGGCCAGUGUCGAGACGAGGGGGCGGUGCCUAGCGGCCGGGCGGUUGGGCAGUGCAAGCAGAGUCUUUUCAGCGCUGAGGACUGGCGCUGAGGAGGCGGCGGUGGCUCCCGGGGCGUUUGAGCGGGCUCACCCGAGCCCGCGGGCCAACGCGGAUCCAGGCCCGGCCGGCGGGACAGCUCCGGACUCUCCGCGGGCCUUCCUAGCCGCCAUGGAGGACGGUGUCUAUGAACCCCCGGACCUGACUCCGGAAGAGCGGAUGGAGUUGGAGAACAUCCGGCGGCGGAAGCAGGAGCUGCUGGUGGAGAUCCAGCGAUUGCGGGAGGAGUUGAGUGAAGCCAUGAGUGAGGUGGAAGGUCUGGAGGCCAAUGAAGGCAGUAAGACCUUACAGAGGAACCGGAAGAUGGCCAUGGGCCGGAAGAAAUUCAACAUGGACCCCAAGAAGGGGAUCCAGUUCUUGGUGGAGAACGAGCUCCUGCAGAACACACCGGAGGAGAUUGCCCGCUUCCUGUACAAGGGCGAGGGGCUGAACAAGACGGCCAUUGGGGACUACCUGGGGGAGAGGGAAGAGCUGAACCUGGCAGUGCUCCAUGCUUUUGUAGAUCUGCACGAGUUCACCGACCUCAACCUGGUGCAGGCCCUCAGGCAGUUUCUCUGGAGCUUUCGUCUUCCUGGAGAGGCCCAGAAAAUUGACCGCAUGAUGGAGGCCUUCGCCCAGCGCUACUGCCUGUGUAACCCUGGAGUCUUCCAGUCCACAGACACGUGCUAUGUGCUGUCCUUCGCCGUGAUCAUGCUGAACACCAGCCUGCACAACCCCAACGUCCGGGACAAGCCAGGCCUGGAGCGUUUUGUGGCCAUGAACCGAGGCAUCAACGAGGGCGGGGACCUGCCUGAGGAGCUGCUGAGGAACCUCUACGACAGCAUCCGGAAUGAGCCCUUCAAGAUCCCAGAGGAUGAUGGGAAUGACCUGACCCACACGUUCUUCAACCCCGACCGGGAGGGCUGGCUCCUUAAGCUGGGGGGCCGGGUGAAGACCUGGAAGCGGCGCUGGUUCAUCCUCACCGACAACUGCCUCUACUACUUCGAGUACACCACGGACAAGGAGCCCCGGGGCAUCAUCCCACUGGAGAACCUGAGCAUCCGGGAGGUGGAUGACCCCAGGAAGCCGAACUGCUUUGAGCUCUAUAUCCCCAACAACAAGGGGCAGCUCAUCAAGGCCUGCAAGACGGAGGCGGACGGGCGCGUGGUGGAGGGCAACCACAUGGUCUACCGCAUCUCCGCCCCCACGCAGGAGGAGAAGGACGAGUGGAUCAAGUCCAUCCAGGCUGCGGUGAGUGUGGACCCCUUCUAUGAGAUGCUAGCAGCGAGAAAGAAGCGGAUCUCGGUGAAGAAGAAACAGGAGCAGCCCUGACCCGUCCCCAAGUCCAUUAUUUAUUUUGGAGCUGCCCCGCCCGGGUGGCCGGACCCCUGGGCCCUGGGGCUGUGGAUCCUGGUUCCCCCAUUUGGAAAAUUCACCUCUAGCUCCUCUUUCCUUCUUUGUAAUCCACACACUGUUGGUAAUCUUAAUAUUAAUGAACCUCUUGCGCCUGCA